AUGAGGUUGGGUGAGAUGGCUGAAUGGCUGGCCAGAGGCGGGGACGUACAGGGGUACCAGCAGGAUUUUUGGCCUGCAUUAGACUUUCCUAUCUCCCUGUAUCACUGGGAUACUUCCAAGAAACCCUUGUGCCCUGAUGUAUCAUUUACUACAGCCACAGCACCCACAGAAACUGAUCUGCAAAUUAAAAAAAUCAGGGAGCAGCUAGACCAGCUCAUCCCACACAGACCAUUCUCCCAUGUGAACACCACCACCAGUGCAGCCCACAGUGUGGCCACUAUCUUUAAUGCUAAAGCUACCUACUGCAGCGGGGAUCAGCUAGACAUCCUAUUGGAGGUGAGAGACUUCUUAGGGCAAAGGAAGAAAUAUGGAGGAGACUUCUUAAGGGCCAGGAUUUCUUCCCCAGAACUGAAGGCAGGAGCUUCAGGAAGAGUGACUGACUUCAACAAUGGCACCUACCUUGUCAGCUUCACUUUAUUCUGGGUGGGCAGAAUCUCUGUGUCUCUUCUACUCAUCCACCCCAGUGAAGGGGUGUCUGCCCUUUGGAGAGCAAGGAAUAUGGGCUAUGAUAAGGUGAUUUUCACAGGCCAAUUUGCCAAUGGCACAUCCCAGGUCUUCACUGAAUGUGGCCUGGUUCUAAACACAAGUGCUGAAUUGUGCCAGUACCUGGACCAACGAGAUCAGGAAGCCUUCUACUGUGUGAAACCUCCACAAGUGUCUUGUGAUGCACUGGCCCAGCUGAAAUCUAAGAAUAAGGAAGUUUCUUAUCUCAGCAGCCUAGAGAAGAGCCUCUUUGUCAGGUCCAACAUGGGAAUGGAAAUUAUGAAGAAUUUUAGUUCCAUUGAAGUCUCCAGUUGUAACAAUCAAAAGACACCAGUGACAGAGAGAUGCAAGCCUGGGAUGAGGUCCUCAAUCCCUGAUGCAUAUGUCUGGAACAACACGUGGAAUCUGGACUCCUGCAAUUUGUCCCAGUUCCAGACUGAGAUCCAAAUAAAAGACUGUCUGAAGGGGAAGCUCAUUUAUAUAAUAGGAGACUCCACGACCCGUCAGUGGAUGAUGUACUUUACAAAAAAUAUAAAGACACUGAAGUCUAUUGACCUCCAUGGAUUUGGGAUCCUCCGUCAUCAGCUUGUUGUGGACUUGGAAAGGAACAUCUACAUUCAGUGGCAAAGACAUGGCUACCCUUGUGUUAGCUCACAUAAAUAUUCAGCAAAAGGGAAUGAAUACCUUGCCCGUGUCAUUGACAGAAUAGCAGGGGACAAAAACACCACCAUUGUCUUUUCUCUGGGCCAACACUUUAGAUUCUUCCCCAUUGACAUCUUUAUCCGAAGAGCCAUUAAUGUUCAUAAGGCCAUUGAGCGCUUGUUCCUGAGAAGCCCAGACACCAAAGUGAUCCUCAGAGGUGAAAAUACUAGGGGAAUUAAUAAUGAUCCUGAGCGACUUAGUGACUUUCAUGGCUAUAUUCAGUCUCUGGUUUUGAAAGACAUCUUCCAGGAUCUCAAUGUGGGUGUCAUUGAUGCCUGGGACAUGACCAUUGCCUAUGGCACUAAUGAUGUUCAUCCACCUGAAUAUGUGGUUGAGAAUCAGAUUAACAUUUUCUUAAACUAUAUUUGCUAG